AUGGGAAUGCAACCAAAAGUCCUGCUGCUUCGUAUCCAGCGGUCGCAACUCCACAUUCAACGGUCACAACUCCGCCACGUCAAGUCCCCUCGCGCACUCUUGAAGCGCUCGAAUUUUCGUCGCCAUUUCCACCCGGUGCCCAUCGAGCUGCCGGAGGAUGUGCGUGUGCUCAAGCAGAAAAUCCUCAAGACGCACCCAGUUAAGCUCACACGCUUCAGCCUCGGCCACAUGCGGUGCGUGGCUACCCCACCGGUGGUAAUUCCUGACAAACUCAAAGACCGACGAGCUUUGCGCACAAUCGUGUCGGGCAAGAGCGUGCCGCUCACAAUGGGCAUGUGGGAAAACUGCAAGAAGAAAGCCAAGCACCUGGACUUGAUCGACGAGUAUGUCACCUACCGGUGA